AAAUGGAAGCAAUAUACCCGUGUACUCCGUCGCCAUGUGGUCCAAAUAGUCAAUGUAGAGAAUUAAAUAAUCAAGCUGUUUGUUCUUGUUUACCAUCCUUUAUCGGAAAUCCACCUAUGUGUCGUCCUGAAUGUACAACUAGUGCAGAAUGUCCAACAAAUUUAGCAUGCGUAAACAAUAAAUGUGUAGAUCCUUGUCCAGGAGUAUGUGGACAAAGUGCAAAUUGCAGAGUUAUAAAUCACAGUCCAUUGUGCAUAUGCAAUUCAGGAUUUACAGGAGAUCCGUUUUCUAUUUGCUAUCCAAUACAAAAUGCUCCAGAACCUCUACCACAACCACCGAUAAACCCGUGCAUACCAUCACCAUGUGGUGCCUACUCCCAAUGUCAAAAUUAUGGAGGUUCUCCUUCGUGUACAUGUUUACCAUCGUAUAUAGGAUCUCCGCCAAAUUGUAAGCCAGAAUGCACAAUCAAUGCUGAUUGUCCUAGUAAUGUGGCAUGUAUUAGAGAGAAGUGUAGAGAUCCGUGUCCAGGUUCUUGUGGUUUGAAUGCCCAUUGUCAAGUAUUAAACCACAUUCCUAUAUGCAUUUGUCCAGAAGGAUAUUCUGGAGAUCCUUUUUUGAGCUGUUACAUCAAACCAGAACCGCCAAUUCAACAAGCUUCAGAUCCUUGUAAUCCUUCUCCAUGUGGAUCAAAUGCUUUGUGCAAUAAUGGAAUUUGUACGUGCAUUUCUGAAUAUCAAGGAGAUCCCUAUAGCAUAUGCCGACCAGAAUGUGUCCUUAAUAAUGAAUGCCCUCAAAAUAAAGCAUGCAUACGAAAUAAAUGUAUGGACCCUUGUCCAGGAACUUGUGGUAAAAAUGCAUUAUGUGAAGUUUAUAAUCACAUACCAAUGUGUAGAUGUCCACAAGGAAUGAAUGGAAAUGCAUUUAUUGAAUGUUUACCAUACCAAGCUCCAAUUGAAACAAAUCCAUGCCAACCAUCUCCAUGUGGCCCCAACAGUCAAUGUAGAGAAGUGAAUGGCUAUUCAAUGUGUUCUUGUCUUAAUGGAUAUUUUGGAACGCCACCAUCUUGUCGUCCUGAAUGCUCCAUUGAUUCCGAUUGUAGUCAAAAUAGGGCCUGUUCAAAUCAAAAAUGCCGUGACCCGUGUCCAGGAGCUUGUGGAGAGAAUGCUCAAUGUCACACUAUAAGUCAUAGACCACAUUGUACAUGUCCUCCAGGUUUCACCGGAAACGCAUUUUCUAGAUGCUAUGUACAACAAUUACCACCAGAACCAGUCCGAAAUCCAUGUGUACCUUCACCGUGUGGCCCAAAUUCUCAAUGUCAAAUUAACGGAAAUUCUCCAUCGUGUUCAUGUGCACUUGACUAUAUUGGUUCGCCUCCAAACUGCCGUCCAGAAUGUAUCAGUAAUAAUGAAUGUGCUUAUCAUCUUGCCUGUAUCAAUUUGAAAUGUAAAGACCCGUGUCCUGGUGUGUGUGCUUCGAAUGCUAUUUGCAAAGUAAUUAGUCACACUCCGAGAUGUAGCUGUCCACCUGGUUAUAGUGGUGAUCCAUUCACACAAUGYAUAUUAAAACAAGCGGAACCAAUUCAAGAAAUAAUAAAUCCUUGUAGACCAUCACCUUGUGGUCCCAAUACAUUAUGUAAAGAACAAAAUAAUGCUGGUUCCUGCAUUUGUCUACCUGAAUAUUAUGGAAAUCCUUAUGAAGGAUGUCGACCUGAGUGUAUGGUUAAUACUGACUGUAAUGCUAACAAAGCCUGCAUGGCAAACAGAUGUAACGACCCAUGCCCAGGAACUUGUGGCAGUAAUGCUAAAUGUCAAACUAUUAACCACAUACCAAUGUGCAAUUGCUUACCUGGAUAUAUUGGAGAUCCGUUUAAAUACUGUCAAAUUAUACAACCACAACAAGCUGAAAUUAUACCAAGUUAUCCAUGCACUCCAUCUCCGUGUGGUCCAAACAGUUUUUGCAAAGAGAAUAAUGGACAAGCCAUUUGCUCGUGUUUACCAUCCUAUGUAGGAUCUCCACCUGGAUGUAGACCUGAAUGUGUCACUAACGCUGAAUGUGUGCAAAACAAAGCAUGUAUUAAUCAAAAAUGUGCAGAUCCCUGUCCAGGAACAUGUGGAAAAAAUGCGUAUUGCCAAACAAUAAACCAUCAUCCUAUAUGUAAAUGUAGCGCCGGUUACACAGGCAAUCCAUCUACAUACUGUUCCUUAAUAAAAUAUGAAUCUCAAGAAACACCUGUUAUUAUUAACCCUUGCUCGCCUUCACCUUGUGGACCUUACUCUGAAUGUGUAGUAUAUGGAAACUCUCCAUCUUGUUCAUGUUUACCUGCAUAUGUCGGUAGUCCACCAAACUGCAGACCUGAAUGCAUUGUUCAUGCUGAGUGUCCAAGUAACAUGGCUUGCAUGAGAGAAAAAUGCAGAGAUCCAUGUCCAGGAUCUUGUGGUUUAGGAUCACAGUGCAAUGUAAUUAAUCAUCUACCGAUUUGUACAUGCCCAGCUGGUUAUACAGGAGAUCCAUUUGUCAGCUGUUAUAUAAAAUCAAGCCCAACUCCAAAGCCACAAUUCACAGACCCAUGUUAUCCAUCUCCAUGUGGACCAAGUGCUAUAUGUAAUAAUGGAAUUUGUUCAUGUAUACUCGAUUAUCAAGGUGAUCCCUACCGCGGUUGUCGGCCGGAAUGUGUUUUAAAUGAAGAUUGUCCUAGGGAUAAAGCAUGUGUGAAAAAUAAAUGCAUCAAUCCAUGUAUAGGCACUUGUGGAAACAAUGCAAUUUGUGAAGUUUAUAAUCAUAUACCAAUGUGCCAUUGUCCACCUGGAAUGACUGGAAAUGCAUUUAUUACGUGUCACCAAAUAAUACUACAAGAACCAGUAAAACAAAAUCCAUGUUCACCUUCACCCUGUGGUCCAAAUAGUCAAUGUCGAGAUGUAAACAAUCAACCAAUUUGUACAUGUUUACYUACUUUCUUUGGAUACCCUCCCAAUUGUCGACCUGAAUGUACUGUUAAUUCGGAUUGUUCUAUGAACACCGCUUGUCUAAAUCAGCGGUGUAGAGACCCGUGCCCGGGAACUUGUGGUAUGAGUGCAGAAUGCCAAGUCAUAAAUCAUAAUGCAAUAUGUAGUUGUCCAAUGCAUUUAACUGGAGAUCCAUUUUCGAAAUGCUACUAUCCAGUUGUAUCGAAACCACAACAAGAUCCAACUAACCCUUGUAUUCCAAGCCCAUGUGGACCAUACUCGGAAUGCCGUGUAACUUUGAACACUUACACAUGUACAUGUAUACCAAACUACCAAGGAUCACCUCCACAUUGUCGUCCAGAAUGUAUUUCGAAUAGCGAUUGUAGUUAUAAUUUUGCAUGUAUCAAUAUGAAAUGCAAAGACCCGUGUAUUGGUUCAUGUGGUUUAAAUACUGAAUGUCAUGUAUAUAACCAUAUACCUCAAUGCACUUGUAUUCAAGGAUUUGUUGGAAAUCCUUUCGUAUCAUGUCAUAUUCAUCAAGCGCAACCUGUACAACCAACUCCAACAUCACCAUCAGAUCCUUGUUACCCCUCACCGUGUGGACCUAAUGCUAGAUGUCGUGUCCAGAACCAGAACGCCAUUUGUGAAUGUUUACCAGAAUAUCAAGGAAAUCCGUACGAGUCUUGUAGGCCAGAAUGCCUAGUUAGCUCUGAUUGCACCAUGAACAAGGCUUGUAUUAGAAGCAAAUGCCAAGAUCCAUGUCCUGGUACAUGUGGCAUAUCUGCUAUAUGUUUUGUGUCAAAUCAUAUACCAAUAUGUUCAUGCCCCGAAAGUUUAACUGGUGAUCCUUUCCAAAUGUGUCACCCAAUACCAGUUAGAGAUCCAAUUCCGUCUGAUCCAUGUAUUCCAUCACCUUGUGGACCAAAUACUCGUUGUCACAUAAUGAAUGGCGCAGCUAUCUGUGAAUGUUUACAAGGAUAUGAAGGAUCUCCCUCCACUAGUGGAUGCAGGCCCGAAUGCGUGAUUAGUCCUGAUUGUCCUCGUAAUAGAGCUUGCGUUAACAAUAAAUGUGUUGACCCGUGUGUCGGAGUAUGUGGAUAUGAUGCAAUUUGUCAAACUAUUAACCACAGCCCUGUUUGUUCUUGUCCACCACCCACUAUUGGAGAUCCAUUCGUUGAAUGUAAACAACAACCAGCUUUGCCAAGUGACCCAUGUAACCCAUCCCCGUGUGGAAGUAAUGGUCAAUGUAGAGUAAUCGGAAAAGUUGCAUCUUGCGUUUAUCCGGAAUGUAUUAUUAACCAAGAUUGCCCAAGAGAUAAGGCAUGUUUUACACAGAAAUGCCAAGAUCCAUGUCGAGAUGUUUGUGGAUUAAACGCUAUUUGUCAAGUAGUAAAUCACAAUGCUCUAUGUUCAUGUCCUCCAGGAUACUAUGGAGAACCUAAACAACAGUGUAUAAUACAACGAUCACCAGAACCUAAGCCAGAAUGUACUACUGAUGGAGAAUGUUCCAACGACAAAGCGUGUAUAAAUUAUGCCUGUAAAAACCCGUGUCAGGAAUCACCAACUACUUGCGCGAGAAAUGCAUUAUGCUAUGUUCAGAAACACAGAUCUGUGUGUGUGUGUAGAGAUGGAAUGACUGGAAACGCUCAAAUACAAUGUGUAGAAAUUGGUUGUCGUGCUGAUACUGAUUGUCCACCAGAAAAAUCAUGUGUUAAUGGAGAUUGUGUUGACCCGUGUGCAUACACUCAUUGUGGUAUCAACGCACUUUGUCGAACUGAUGGGUACCACAGAGCUCGGUGUUAUUGCCCUCCCGCGUAUGAGGGAGAUCCAUUUGUAGAAUGUAGAAGACCUGAAUGCGUGACCGAUUCAGACUGUCCGUCAACAUUAGCUUGUAGAAAUCAACAUUGUCAAAGUCCAUGUGAUUGUGCCCCGACUGCUUUGUGUACCGUGGCUAACCAUGUAGCUGCGUGUAGAUGUCCACCAGGUUAUAUAGGAAAUCCUCAUACUUCUUGUACAUUAACUCCACUCGCUAUUCCACCUCAAUGUACAAUGGACUCAGACUGUGCUAGUAAAUUGGCCUGUUUCAACGGAGAUUGCAAAAAUCCAUGUUAUGAGAUAAAACCAUGCGGGCCAAAUGCUGAAUGUAUUGUAGUAGAUACGUUACCUCAUAGAACUAUGUCAUGUCAGUGUAUUCCAGGCUAUGUUGGCGAUGCCGACGUCCAAUGUAAACUAGGUGCUCCGUCAUCAGUAGGUUGUACCUCUAAUGACGAUUGCCAACAGACAGACUUUUGCUUAAACCGCCAAUGUGUUAAUCCAUGCACUAUAUCCAACCCUUGUUCAUCUACUGCACUGUGUACAAUCAAUAAUCACAAAGCCGUUUGUAAAUGUCCAGACGGCCUUUUUGGUGAUCCAUUCGUCAGUUGUUACAAAGUACCACUGGCUUCACCAGAAUGUACAACAGAUUCUGAAUGUCCAAGUUCUAAAAUAUGUGCCAACCAAUAUUGCCAAGAUCCGUGUCAAAUAUCAAAACCAUGUGACACCACUGCUGAAUGUGUAACAAUUAAUCAUCGACCAAUUUGUAAUUGUCCAAAUGGAUGGGCAGGAAAUCCUCAAAUUCAGUGUUAUAAACCUGGUUGCAAGACCGAUAGUGAUUGCGUUUAUGAUAAAGCAUGCAUUAACAGCAAUUGUUUGAAUCCGUGUUCUACUCUGAGUUGUGGUCAUGGAGCUGAUUGUAUUGUACAAGCUCACAAAGCUCAUUGCAUUUGUCCGGCAGGUACACAAGGUUCACCGAUGAUAUCUUGUGUAUCAGUAGUGUGCCAGUAUAAUGAAGACUGUGCAGAUCAUGAAGCAUGUGACAGGUUAAACAGAAGAUGCAGACCUGUCUGUGAACAAGACACUUGUGCUGAGCAGGCAACAUGUCUAGCUCAAAAUCACCAACCAACGUGCACAUGUUUAAAUGGCUUCCAAGGCAACCCUUACAUUGAAUGCAUUGAAUCAAGAGUACCAUCCAUAACUCCUGAGUGCACUACUGAUUCUGACUGUCCAUCACAACAUGCUUGUGUAAACCAGAGAUGUCAAAACCCCUGUACCAUUUCUGUACUCUGUUCACCAGAUCAAGAGUGCCAUGUUCAAGACACAGUUCCAUACAGAACUAUUAUGUGUCAAUGUAGAUCAGACACUGUUGCCACUAUUGAUGGUGGCUGCAAACCAAUAGUUCCCAUUACUCCUCAAUGUAAAAGCGAUCUAGAAUGUCCAUUAUCAGAAAGAUGUGUGAAUCAAGGAUGUGUAGAAGCAUGUCGAAUCGACCCAUGUGGUAUAAAUGCACAAUGUAUCUCACAAAACCAUCAAGCUGCAUGUUCAUGUCCACCAGGCUAUACUGGAAAUCCACACACAGAAUGCUCACUUCAACAAUCGAUUCCAAUAUUACCACCAUAUCCAGAAUGUACGAAAAACGAUGACUGUGCGUCAGACAAAACUUGUAUCAACCAAAGAUGUGUUAGUCCAUGCACUUUAGGAGACAGUUGUGGCCGUGGAUCAUUCUGUCAUUCACAAAACCACCAACCCAUUUGUAGAUGUCCUAACGGUUACACCGGAGAUCCUCGCAUAGCUUGCACUCCACCAUCGUCAAUACCAUCCGUGGAAUGUGUUUCAAACACUGAUUGUACUGCAGAGGAAUCGUGUAUCAAUAGAAUGUGUGUGAGUCCGUGCAAUUGCGGUCCCAACUCGGAUUGCAAAGUUAAUAACCACUAUCCUAGUUGUAUUUGUAAGCCUGGGUAUUAUGGAAAUCCUCAACAAGGCUGCAUAAAAAUAGGAUGUAUAUCAGAUGAUCAAUGUGCUUAUGAUAAACAAUGUUACAACGGCGAAUGUGUUCCACCGUGUUUACUGAGCGACCCCUGUGCACCAACUGCAAAAUGUUACGGUGACAAUCAUCGUGCUGCGUGUCAAUGUCCGACGGGUUACUUCGGAAAUCCGUUUGAGAAAUGUGAAAGAACUGAAUGUACAUACGACGUGGACUGCCCGUCAGAUCGUAUGUGUUUUGACCAGCAUUGUAUCAAUCCAUGCACAGAACAACACGGCACUCCAUGCGCAUCAAAUGCCAUCUGCUCUGUCAGAAACCAUGCCGCGACAUGUAGAUGUCCAGAAAACUUCCCGAUGGGUGAUCCAAAUACUUACUGUGAACGUUUACCACCACCUCUGUUUGGUGAACCAGAAUGCAAAAUUGACGUGGAUUGUGCCAGUCGUCUUGCAUGUAUCAGAGAAAAAUGUGUAGAUCCUUGUCAUGAAAUCAAACCCUGUUCAAAUAGUGCUACGUGUACGGUCUUGGACAGUGUACCAGUUAGAACAAUGACGUGUACGUGUUCCGAAGGAUGGGUGCUUAACGAAGGUGGAGAAUGUAGACAAGUCGUUGUUUCCUCACCACCAGGUUGUACUACAAACGAUGACUGUCCGUCAAACGAAGCAUGCCUUAACCGACAGUGCCGUAAUCCUUGUAAUUGCGGUACAAACGCCCAAUGUUUCGUUCAAAAUCAUCACCCAGUUUGUUCUUGCUUGGAAGGUUAUGAUGGAAAUCCAAACUUUGCUUGCAGAAUAGUGGGAUGUAAGAGAAACUCAGAAUGUGAUUCCGGCAAAGCCUGCAUCAACGGCCAUUGUCUAAAUCCAUGCAUAGUAGAAGAUCCGUGUGGUCCGAACGCUGAAUGUUUCACAGUUGCCAGUCGCCCUGAGUGUCGGUGCAAGAGCGGUUAUCGAGGAAACCCGUAUGACCGGUGCCUGGUAAUCGGUUGCCGCAGCAACAACGACUGCCCCAACGACCGAUCAUGUAUAAAUGGCCAGUGCAUAAACCCGUGCGUGUACGAACACCCGUGUUCGUCGCAAGCCGAAUGCAAAGUACAAAACCAUUUCGCUCUGUGCCGAUGUCCUCCGGGAAUGGUGGGUAACCCGUACGUGGCCUGCAGACAGGAAGCGCAGCCAGAAUGUAAGGAAGACGCUGACUGUCCGUCACUGUUGGCCUGCUUUGACAAUGUGUGCCGUAACCCAUGCACUACGUUAGAACCGUGCAAACGGCCGGCCGAGUGCGUGGUGAUCGAUUCACUACCGGUCAGGACCAUGAUCUGUGAAUGUCCCAGUGGUUACGUGAGCAGCGGCAGUGGCACUUGUAAGAUCACGCCACCGAUGACAGCCGUAGCCUGCACCACAGACACGCAAUGCCCAUCGGACAGGGCUUGCCUGAACGGCAGGUGCAUAGAUCCGUGCAACUGUGGCCCGAACUCCGAGUGCAGAGUGUGGGACCACAAGCCAGUAUGCUCUUGUCUGGCUGGAUUUGACGGCAGCCCAGAGAUCGACUGUUCUAGAGCCGGUUGUCGAAGUGAAUCUGACUGUUCUGGUCAACACACCUGCGUCAACCGUAUUUGCGUGCCCGUGUGCGCCGCGGACGGCAGCAGUUGCGGAACCGCAUCUGAAUGUUACGGCAUCAAUCAUCAAGCCGUGUGCGAAUGUCCGCCAGGAAUGGCUGGAAAUCCACAGAUAGCCUGUGUAGUCGCUGGCUGUCGGUCAGAUACGGAUUGUCCUAGCGACAAGGCGUGCAUAAACACCAAAUGUAUCGAUCCGUGCACCAGAAAUAAUCCGUGCGUCAAGCCAGCCGAAUGUACGGUGUACAACCACCGCACCGAUUGCACAUGUCCGCCAGGUUACGUCGGAAAUGCAGGAACUACUUGUAAACAAAUCGAAACUGGAUGUCAAAGCGAUUCCGAAUGCCCAUCACAAACGGGUUGCAUCAACAAAUUGUGCGUCAGCCCGUGCGACGUUUCGUCACCGUGUGGAACAAACUCAAUAUGCAAAGUCCUCGAUACCUUCCCGAUAAGAACGAUGACGUGUGAAUGUCUACCGGGUACACAAGGAAAUGCAGCCAUACGAUGUGACGAAGUUUCAAAAUGUCCAAUCGAUAAAGGCUACGUGAGAAAUGAAAACGGAGAAUGCGUGUGUCCUCCGGGCACAGCCCUAAACCAAGAAGACGAAUGUCGUAGGUGCGUAGUCGAACUAGGAUACAAGAUCGAUGAACGCGGCCAUUGUGUGUGCGCGCUGGACAGAGGAUUGAUUAUUGACGAGAGAGGACGUUGCAUAUGUCCGACUGAACACGGUUACAGUUUGAACAUCUAUGGACAAUGCGUACCGAAAAACACAACACAACUCAGGACGGACUUCCCAAGACCGGACAUGGUCGUCACGUGUUUGUCGGACGGAGUACAAGUGGAAAUCCAUAUUACAGAAAAAGGAUUUAACGGAGUGCUUUAUGUGAAGGGUCACAGUAAAAACGAACAGUGUAGACGAGUCGUAUCGAUGGCGCAAGACUCGUCACCCAGGACAGAAAUUUUCAAAGUCAACUUUGGAAAUUGUGGACUUAUACACAUCAACGGCCAGGCUAGUUUUGUGUUGGUCAUACAGAAACAUCCAAAAUUGGUGACUUACAAAGCCCAAGCCUAUCACAUACGAUGCGUGUACAACACUGGAGAACAGAACGUCACGCUUGGCUUUAACGUUUCCAUGUUGACCACGGCUGGUACCAUUGCGAACACCGGACCACCGCCUACGUGUCUGAUGAAGAUCGUCACGCACACUGGUCAAGAAAUCGAUUCAGCUGAAAUAGGUGACAACCUAAUGCUACAAGUGGACGUCCAGCCGUCGAGCAUCUACGGAGGAUACGCCAGGAGCUGUGUGGCAAAAACUAUUGAAGACAAUGUAGAGAACGAGUACAUAGUAACCGACGAAAAUGGGUGCGCGACUGACCCGACGAUAUUCGGCGAGUGGGACUACAACGCAGACACCCAAUCGCUGUUGGCUGGUUUCAACGCAUUCAAAUUCCCAAGUUCCGACAACAUAAGAUUCCAAUGUAACAUACGCGUAUGCUUCGGCAAAUGCCAACCGGUAAAUUGCCGCGGCUACAACGCCUUUGGAAGACGCAGAAGACGUGAAAUAUCCAAGAACGACGACGAUGCCCUUGAGUCCGCCCAGCGAGGACAGCUGAGAGAAGAGAUCACGAUCGAAUCGAACGCCAUUUUAACGUUCGAACGCAGGGAAGAACGACUGAUGGAUCCGACUGAAGCUCCAAUCAUUCAGCCCGCCGAGGACAUUUGUGUGUCAGUCAUCGGACUUAUAGUGGCCCUUGUCAUCACGGCCCUGCUAGCGCUGGUGGCUGUGGCCGUGGCUGUUUCUUGUUGGCUGAUGGCCUACAGGAGAACGCCAAACGUCAACGGUCCACUGCCGCAUCCUACCCAAGUGCCGAAUCCGAUGUUCAUGAAUCAUGACCGGACGUCUUCCGAACCGUCGCCGGAUUACCUGACAUGAUGAAAUCAACGAAGACUAAGACGACGACAACGAUAUUAUAUGUUAUUUUGUCGUCAUUUAUUCAUUUAUACGACUACCUAUAAUUUUAUAAAAAAUCAAUUUGUCAUACCUUAACACCACCUCCCCCCCCCACCCACAUAACAGUCGGGUCGUAAGCGCCUAACACAUUUUAUUAUUAUUAUUUUAUAAAUGCCUAUAUACUGUUUUACGACUGUUAUUCGUUUGCCAUGUUUUGCGCUCAACAAAAGUAUCACGGGCCUUUAAUUAGCUGCAGACACUCGCCGUUCAAAUUAUAAAAUAAUAAAUAUUAGACAUUUAAGAAGUACACAUCGUAAUGAUAAUAUUAUAGACAUUGGGAUGGAAAAAGGUUAAGGAAAGAAUACUUACUUAUUUGAUAAUGUAACGAGACGACGAGUGUUCCCCGAUUAAAGGCCUUUCAGUGAACUAGACGCGAUAUAAUUAGUCAAAACUACUCAAUUAAAACGUAAAUAAUUAUUUCUAACGUACAUAAUAUUAUUAUUCAUGUUUUAAUUGUUGUAUGGACAUCUCUUCCGAACGCUUACACGGCGCGUUUUGUAGCUUAAUUAAAUAGGUAUCUCACGCAGACAUAAGCCAUUGUUAAAAAAAUAUAUGCUAUACAUUUAUUCACAAUCCGAUGACGUGUUGUGCGAUACAUUUCUUCGAAUGGGUGACGUUUGAAGUCGUAAGCUUUCGGAAGACUUGUUCACUUUUAGUUUUAAGGUAUAUGUGAGUGUAUGUAAUAUAUUAGAAUUAAAUUUGUAUAAUCAUUUAACAUUUUAAUCGAAUGUUGUGUAUGAAAGUGUGAUAUAUGAAUAACUAUUAAUUUAUUAACAAAAUAAAUAAUUUAAAAAAAAAAAUUAACUUCCUAAAUAAACAUAUUAUUUUCAGUCAUUAGAAAAUCGUUAAAAAUGACUAAUUAUAUAUAUAUAUAUAUAUUACUCCUACUUAAAUCAAAACUGUUAAGUAUUCUUUUCCAGUCAUUAAUUAACAAAUUUAGGCUUUAGAAUAAAUUUAUAUAUUGUAGUACCUAACUAGCAGUAAGUUCUGUUUAAGAU